AUGGCUCCGAUCAAGACUCUCAAGGAGAUUCCGACUCUCACAAGCCUGUACAAGCUCAAACACCUGACACCGGCCGCUUCAACAGUGUCUGGCGCCAGCUGCGUCUACAACGACAAGAUCUGCGUCAUCCGCACCGACAUUACAAAGCUAGGCGUUGACGCCAUUGUCAACGCCGCUAAUGAGUCGUUGCUGGGCGGAGGUGGUGUCGAUGGCGCCAUUCACCGCGCAGCCGGCGGAGGACUCUUGCGCGAGUGCGAAACACUGGACGGUUGCGACACUGGCGACGCAAAGAUCACAGAUGGCUACGAACUGCCAUGCAAGAAGGUCAUUCACACCGUGGGCCCUGUCUACUGGCGAACCAAGAAAGAGGGCAAGCACACAAGCCUGCUGCAAUCAUGUUACCGUCGCUCGCUCGACCUGGCUGCCGAGAACGGUUGCAAGAGCAUAGCCUUCAGCGCGCUGAGCACUGGUGUCUACGGCUACCCCAGCCAUGAGGCGGCAGCCACUGCUAUUGGCGAGGUCAAGAAGUGGCUCGACACUGACGACAAGGCUGACAAGCUCGACCGCAUCAUCUUCUGCAACUUCAUGGAGAAGGACGAGGACGCAUACUACGAGUGGCUUCCGUGA